AUGGAUGACGAGGAAUAUGAACAAACACUCUUGAUCAAGAAGGAGUGCUUUAUAUAUAGGAUUCCACCUCGUCCAGGUGCUGCAGGUUACAAGGCACAAGAUUGGGACCCCUCAACAUAUAUCUGGUCAGGUAGAUUGGUUAUCAUUGCUAAAGGCGAUCAUUGUACUAUCAAGUUUGAAGAUCCUACAUCAGGUGAGAUCUUUGCUCAAUGUCCUGUUGAACCAAACUCUGUAGAGCCUGUGAUUGAUAGCAGCCGUUACUUUGUAAUUAAGAUCAAGGAUCAGAACCGUCAUGCCGUUGUUGGUAUGGGAUUCACAGACAGAUCUGAUGCAUUCGACUUUAAUGCAACACUACAAGAUCAUCAAAACUAUGUAAGGAAUAAGAAGCAAUCAGAGAUUGCCAAACAGAACUAUGAUAAUACACCAAAGCAGGAUUAUAGUCUGAAAUCAGGUCAAACUAUUCAUAUCCCAUUCAAGUCUACUAGUGCCACUACCAACCUUCCAAAGGUCACAGGUUCAAUGCAACCAACUAGUGGCGGUGGAUUCCUGCUCUCGCCACCACCACCAUCCAACUCGAGAAGUGUUGCCAGACCAACUGGUGGCGCCGUACCACAACAGCAACAGCAACACCAACAACAAUUCCAAUUCUCGUUCGAUGGUCAAGAGCAACAACAACAACAACAACAGCCUCCACAAACUAGUAGCAACCAGCCAUGGGGAAGCUCCUCAUUCUUCUAA